AUGACUGAAAGCACAACUCUAUAUCCCUUAUCAACACUUGUAUCGCACAAAUCAAUGAUGAUUGUGAAUAUCAAUCGAACAUAUUCACAUCUCCCCGAUAUUGUGAAUGAUUGUGAGCAACGACAAGUUCCUCAGUCGUCUUCGAACGAUCAAACCAAACUAAUUUGCAAACAAAUCGCACAAUCCUUACGGGUUGUUGCCGAUCAAAUGGAUCAAAAAUACUGUCAAGAUGGCGACUUCAAUCGUAAUCUUCAUUAUCUAUCCAUACGUCUUCUAUGCCAAUCGAUCUUCUGUACCGUAUGGACUCGAACAUUAUUACCAUACAUUCUUCUCUUUUGCAAAACUAAAUCAUUCUUAUACUGA